ACCAUGCCGACGAGAAAGGCGAAAAACACCAAUUAAAGCAUGUUUGGAGCUCCUUGGGUCUGCAGACGAUGCAUCAAUACAUGUUUGAAGCCGGCUAGACGGUGCAUGGAGGUGCGGAUGCUAAGAUUUGCAAGUACAGGUAUGCUUGCACCAUCGAGCAAAUCAUAAUUAUAUAUUGACAAUCAACCAGCAAAUAAUGGCUCUUUUUCUCCAGUACUGCUUGCGCGAGCGCGUAAUAUGGCCGCAGAACAUGACCGUCUCUCUCUCGAAACGGCCGAAUCGUUUGACGCGAAGAUAAACAAACGGAUUGGGGAACUGAAAGGUGUAACAUAUGCAUUAAAGCGAUGGGAGGAAAGCGAAGCGGCGCUGGAGGAACUCCAUGCUCUCCUGAGGGACUCUACAACCGAUAAUGAACUUCGAGAACUUGCUGCUGAAGAUUUGGCUUCUACUCGAGCUCAAUUGGAUACUCUAUCACAAGGACUUGCUACAAGUCUCACGCCAAAGCAUCCUUUCGAGGAAUUGCCUUGUCUGAUGGAAAUCAGACCUGGUGCUGGGGGCGGAGAAGCUGCGUUGUUUGCGAGUGAUUUGCUGAGGAUGUACCAAGCAGUUUGUUCGCGCAGAGGAUUCCGUGUCUCCCUGAUGAAAUACGAGAGAGCAGAUGGUGAUAGCUCCAAUGGGACCCCACCUCUCGCAGAGGCCAUUUUGGAGAUUGAAACUCCUGGAGCAUAUGGAGAAUUUCGCAGCGAAGCUGGCGUUCAUCGUGUCCAACGUGUGCCAGCAACGGAAAGUAAGGGACGUACACAUACAAGUGCUGUGAGUGUAUUAGUCCUACCAAGCUUACCGACCAACGCAAGCGACGGGCAGGAAUUAUGGGAGACGGACUUGAAUGAUCCAAAUAGUGACUACUAUGUCAAUGUCACAGAUGUAAGAACAGAUGUUAUGCGCGCGAGAGGAGCGGGAGGUCAACACGUUAAUACUACCGAUUCGGCUAUCCGCCUCACUCAUAUACCCACGGGUACAGUUGUCAGUAUGCAAGAUUCUCGGUCGCAGCAUAAGAACCGAGAGAAGGCAUGGCAGCUUCUGAGAUCCAAACUCGCGCAAGCAAAACGGGAGGCUAGAGAAGAGGAGGUAACAAGUAUAAGACGUGGGGUCAUUGGAGUUGCGAAAAUGGGAAGGGAGAAUAAAAUCCGGACUUAUAAUUAUGGUCAACAGAGAGUGACUGAUCAUCGCAGUGGAAUUAGUGUUCACAAUCUUGAUGAUGUUAUGGAGGGUGGAUUUGAACUUGAUAAAGUGAUUGAUAGUGUCAAGGUUUGGAUGGGGGAGCAGGAGAUGCAGGCUCUACUUUUGGAGGAAGAAGAUGAAGCGGUUAAGUCGACUAAAUCCAAAAAGUCGAAAUAA